AUGGCGUACCGUAUGUCUUCGUACUCCAACGCCUCGUCCGCCGCGCCAGGACAGACGAACACAAUGCAGCAGGCUACAUCGCAGGUCUCGACCACCACCCUAUUGAACGCUCUCCACAGCGCCUUUUCCUCAGGACAGCCAUACGUACUCGAAUCCAGCACCAGUCUGGUAGUGAAUACCUGGGUCACCGGAUCAGGCACCGGGCCAGACGGCAGAUAUGGCGGCACCGUCGAUGCAGACCUUGCCCGCAAGACUUGGGAACAUGCCAGGAGGCGAGCUGAGGAUGGCUGCAUCGUUUUGGGCUCACUCCAUCAGUCUACCCCGUCCAUGUUCGCCCCCUUCGCCUCGGCCCUCCCACUUUCCGUGCCGGGCACUUUCUACACUGCGCUUAAUGCCUUACGACCUUUCUUGCAUACAGUAACGCCUUUUAAUCCAUCAUUGCCGCGGUACUCUGCGCUUGCCGGUGUCUUUAACCUCGCUCUGACCGGCGAGAUUACCGGCGCUUCGUUGAGCUUGUCAACUUCUGGCAUCGACACCAAGAAUGGCUUCCUCAACGUCCCCACAGAACAGGGCUACAGGGCUUUUGAUGUCUUUUACUACCUUCUCACCUCCCAGUCCGAGCAAGAACGAGAAUUCCUCGGCUUGAAAGCACCCAAUCAGUACGCCCUCCUUCGCAAAUCCGAGACCUACCGCCCACCUACCUACCUUCCAACCGCAGACGAUGCUGCUGCGGCCGAAGAUUUUCGAGAGUCUCUCAAGGCCAUCGGCAUCAAGGGCAAGGCCCUGCGCAGUCUUCUCUCAGUCGUCGCCGCAAUCCUUCGACUUGGAGAUGCAGUUGGCUUCCUUGUCGACCAAGAAGAGUUGGAGGCAGUCACAGAAGAAGUUGGCGAGUUGUUGGAUCUCGACCCAGAGAUCAUCUUGAAGAAAUGCGUCACAGAAGAGCGGGAGAUUCUCAUGGCUGCCCUGUAUGAGGCCUUGGUAGAUUGGGUCAUCAUGCAGGCCAACGAUGCCAUCCGCACGGAAAUUCGCACCGGCCGUGCCUUGAGUGAUGGAAGCAUCAGCGGCGACGCCACUCCACCUAGCAGCCAAGAGGACGGCGAUAGCGUCAGCAUCACCUUGAUUGAAGUACCUAGCCAGGCGCUCGGCAAGGCAGCUAGCUUGAAGUGCAUCUUCGACGAUAGCACCGGCAUCAACGCAGAAAUGAAGGAAGAUGGCGUGCCGAUAGUACCAGCAGGAUCGUCAGUCAUCCGGGAGAUGAAGGACGCGGUUGCCCAGAAUGAAGCUGAGCUGGACAUCCACGGCGGAGCCGCUUCAAGAGAAGUGGAGUUCGAGUUCGAUCGCCGACAAGGCGUUUUGGAAAAGGUCGGCUCCGAAACCGAUGAUGAGAGCUUCUUGCGGAAUAUUUUGUACCCCGUCUCAGGACAGGGUAUCAAUCUUGGCAGGACUGGCCGUUUUAACCUGACCAACGUUCUUGGUAGCAGCCGCGUAUGGUUCCAACUGUGCCUGCACCCAACAGAUGACAACCCGGCUUCUCUGGCAAAUCAACCACCAGGCUCCAUGCCUUGGUCGGCCGGCAGCGUCUCCAGCCAGAUUCGUUCCUGGAGGCUCCCAGAGUGGGCCAACCACCGAAGCAAGCAACUGGACUUCACCGCCGACUUCGACGUGGACGAGUUCGUGGACCGCUACCGCAGACUCGGAUGCGCUGAUGGAAAGGACGGCGUUGAGACCUGGAUUCUGGAGCGCGGCUGGAGCAAUGGCGAAGUCGUCGUUGGCCACGAGCGCAUCUGGAUGCGGGAACCGGCGUACUGGGAGGCCGAGAGCAUGUUGGACAUGAAGCCCGCGGACGACUUGUCUCCAGGCAACAUGCUGGGUGGAAUGGUCGGUGCUGCUGGUAUGGAAUCUGGAUACUCUGCCGGCACCCCUGAUGGCUUGGACGGCGGCUUCUACCACGACGAUGGCAGCCGUGAAACCAUGCUAGGCCGGCAACCAUCGCAAGUUGCCCCCAGCAGGAUGGGUGCCAAGUCCCUCGCCCCCACGCAGGCCCAUACCGUGCGCAGCAUCAGCGGUGGUGACUACGGCCUCGGCUUCAAGGGAGACGACAAGCGUAACUGGAUCGGCUUCGAAGGCGAGAUUGACGGGGAACUGGCCGAAGGCAAAGACGUCGUUGUUGAAAAGGUUUCCAAAGGACGCCGCAUGUGGGUCGGACUCGUCUGGGCCUUAACCUGGUGGAUUCCCUCGUUCUUGCUCAACAAAAUUGGCCGUAUGAAGCGACCCGACGUCCGGAUGGCGUGGCGAGAGAAGUUCGCGCUCAUGAUUCUCAUUUUUCUCAUGAACGGCACAGUGAUCUUCUACAUUGUGGGCUUCGGUAACAUCCUGUGUCCGAACAAGAACAAGGUCUGGAACAGAAAGGAAGUCGGCUAUCACCAAGGUGACAACGACUUCUACGUAUCCUUCCGCGGCGGUGUCUACGACCUCAGCAAGUUCUGGAAACUGCAGCAUUCCGACACCAACAUCGAAACCACGACUUCGAACAUGCAGCCUUUUGCGGGAACAGAUGUCACCGAGUACAUCGUACCACCUCUCACCAUCGCCUGCCCUGGCUUGGUGACGGACGAAUCGAUCACUCUCCAAAGUAACAAUACUCUUCUCUACCCUAACGCGGAGCACAAGUCUGGACCUCGAGCGCAAGCUGAUCCCACCACGAAGUUGCGCAACAUCAACUGGUACACUGAAGAUUUGUUACCUCGGAUGAAAGAAUUCCACAAGGGCGCCCUCGUUUGGAAAAGGAAGACGGUGACGAGUGACGGUGAGAAGUACAGCCGCAAGUGGUUCAUCAUCGAUCAGAAGGUCUAUGACUUGACGGAUUACUACUAUACGCUGGACAUGAUGAACAAUCUAGCCUCGUACAGCUUCUUUGCCGACGAUGUCGAGACACUGGUCUCGCAGAACCCCGGCGCUGACAUUACGAAGCAGUGGAACGACAAUUUGAACACGACCACACGCCUGAACAGCAUGAACUGCCUCAACAACAUGUUCUAUAUCGGCGACACCGACUUCCGUGACACAGCCCGCUGCCAGGUCAACAACUACAUUCUACUUGCCUUUACCGUUAUUCUCGGCGCGGUCAUCUUGACCAAGUUCUUGGCGGCUCUCCAGCUUGGUUCCAAGCGACGGCCGGCGCAGCAGGACAAGUUCGUCAUUUGCCAGGUCCCUGCUUAUACCGAAGGUGAAGACUCUCUCCGAAAGGGCCUCGACUCGCUCACGGCUCUGGCCUAUGAUAACAAGAGGAAGCUCAUCUGUGUCAUCUGCGACGGUAUGAUUGUCGGUGGUGGAAAUGAUCGGCCUACGCCUAAGAUUGUGCUCGAUAUCCUCGGCGUCGAUCCCAAGAUUGACCCUCCUGCUUUGCCCUUCAAGUCACUCGGUACCGGCAUCGAACAACUCAACUACGGCAAGGUAUACUCUGGUCUGUACGAGUACGAAGGCAAUGUCGUCCCAUACAUCGUCGUCGUUAAAGUCGGCAAAGAGUCCGAGCAAAACAAGUCGAAGCCUGGUAACCGUGGUAAACGAGACUCACAGAUCCUGCUAAUGAGCUUUUUGAACCGAGUGCACCACCGAUCUGCCAUGAACCCUCUGGAGCUGGAGAUGUUCCACCAGAUUAACAAUAUCAUUGGUGUCGACCCGGAACUGUACGAAUAUGCCUUCAUGGUCGACGCCGACACCAAGGUCAAGGAAGACUCUCUCAAUAGGUUGGUCGCAGCUUGUGCCAAUGACGCUAAGAUUGCCGGUAUCUGCGGCGAGACAUCCCUGGAGAACGAAGAGCGCAGUUGGUGGACCAUGAUUCAAGUCUACGAAUACUACAUCUCCCAUCAUUUGGCGAAGGCUUUCGAGAGUUUGUUCGGCAGCGUCACCUGUUUACCCGGAUGUUUCUGCAUGUACCGAUUGCGAACUUCUGACAAAGGACGACCGCUCAUUAUCGCCGACAAGGUCAUCGCUGAGUACGCCGAGAACAAAGUCGACACCCUCCACAAGAAGAACCUGUUCUCCCUCGGUGAGGAUCGUUACCUGACCACCAUCAUGACCAAGCACUUCCCCUCUAUGUCGUACAAGUUCUUGCCUGACGCCUACGCUCUCACGGAAGCCCCGGCCGAGUGGAGUGUGCUGCUCUCUCAGAGACGUCGCUGGAUCAACUCAACUAUUCACAAUCUGGCAGAGAUGUUGCAGGUCGACUUGUGUGGCUUCUGCUGUUUCUCCAUGCGUUUCGUCGUAUUCAUCGACCUCUUCGGAACCAUCAUUCUCCCGGCCACCUGCGUCUACCUGGUUUAUCUCAUCGUCAAUGUCGCGACCGGUACUGGACAAUUCCCACUGAUCUCCAUCAUCAUAUUGGCUGCGGUCUAUGGUCUACAGGCUAUCAUCUUCAUCAUCAAGAGACAGUGGCAGCACAUUGGCUGGAUGAUUAUUUAUCUCCUGGCAUACCCCAUCUGGUCGUUCGUCCUUCCUGUGUACUCUUUCUGGAAGCAGGACGACUUCUCGUGGGGUAACACUCGUGUUGUCAUCGGCGAAAAGGGUGACAAGCAAGUCGUUGCCGUGAGUGAGGAAGAGAAGUACGACCCACGGAGUAUUCCUCUUCAACGCUGGGACGACUAUGCCACCCUGAACAAUCUUCCUGGCCGCAGAGGUGUCUACCAGGAGAAGGACAUGGGCAUGUACCAGGACGCCGGCUACGAGAUGGACGAUAUGCGGUCGGUGUACUCGUCUGUGAAGCCGGCCUCGACAAUCCUCACCGGCUUCCCACAACACCAAUCAUACAGACCGCCACAGUCUCCCGGUCCUAACGCGAUGGGCAGACAAUCGACCUUCUCGCACAUGACUGGACGAUAUACCGAUAAUCCGCAUGCUCAAGAGCAACAACGACUGAUGUCCAUGGGCGGUAUGAGCGAUCAAUACCACCCAUCACCAUACAGCCCUCGCCAACAAUCUCAAGAGAACCUAAUGGGCGGCAUGACAUCGCCCACCUUCGGGCAACAAGGUCGCGCCCGCUCGCCACUCGGCCAGUACAACAACCCGUAUAACAGCGGCACCGGCAUGAGCCGACCAGGGAGCACGAACCCGAACCAACACCUCAGCUCCAUGUCUGCUUUCCAGACACAGGGUCCUACCAACGAGUCCAUCACGAUGGCCAUCCGCGAAUGUCUGACGGAAGUCGACAUGGACUCUGUGACCAAGAAGCAGCUCAAGGCCCUGGCGGAGCAGAAGUUGCAGUGCCAGCUUUCCGGCGAGAAGAAGGCUUUCCUGGACUUUGAGAUUGAUCGGCAGCUGUCGGAGAUGUAA